CUUUGCCAUCCCGUGCUCGCUAGACUGUGCCGAGAUCUCCUUGGGCGCGCAGGCCGCAUGCGCUCAGACUCAGACUGAGCCGCGCUCGGCCAUCUAAUCCGAUUGGAGGAGUCGAACGGGGACAACACCUGCUGCUGACAUGUUACUUGUCGCGAUUGGGGAAGGGGACCUCUUGGUGAGCAACCGGGGCUCCUUGACGGUUUGCUGGCCCAGUGUGCCCCAGGCAUCCGUGCCUUCCCCUCGCGUCUAUUGGAGGUGCUGCGAGCGGCACGCCCUUGUGGGCCGCCGACAUGGCUGCUGCACCCACCUUGCCCAGCGCGUGGGAAGGAACUUGUUCACAGCCUCGACGUCCAGGCGCGUCAGCUGCUCGUCAAUAGUGGUCAGCGGCAUGGUGAAGUGAUGUGUAUACUGGUGUCUAGAGUAAUGGAGGACAAAGCGGUAGGCGGUUGUCACUGGCGGCACUGCUAUCCUCAUUCGCUCCUGCCUCAUCAUUCGCCACGGGCCCACGGGUCCACGGGUCAGGCCAAACGUUCAAUGCCAGGAGUUUGUCAACUCCUUAAAAAAGUGGUUAGGGCGGUUGGCCCUGAAGAUCGCUGGGGACGAGUUUCUAAUACCUCGGAGGUGUGGGUGGCGGGGGCGCGUGUACCCCUUGGACAGAGGUACCGUGUCACAUGGUGCAACCGGUUCUGUUUCACCCUGAGCUAUUUACCACAUGUUAAAUGCAUCACAAUACGUCUGUGGUUAGGGCGGUUGGCCCUGAAGAUCGCUGGGGACGAGUUUCUAUUACCUUGGAGGUGUGGGUGGCGGGGGCGCGUGUACCCCUUGGACAGAGGUACAGUGGUAAGGUGGAGCUUCUGGUGAUGGGCACCGCCGGUGGUGCAGGCUCAUUGGUGCCUGUUGCCGGCGCUGCCGGGAGCACGGGGCCCGGCCCCGUGGCUGGUCCCCCGUUGCCCUUUAGAUGGAAGGUUGUUGUGUCCGCCAAGUCCUUGGGUGUGCAUUACGGGGACUGGGCGACCCCUACUCCCGAGGUCGCC